CUUCGAUUCUCCAGCAUCUGCAGUUCCCUCUUAAACACAACGUACAAACCUAUACGUCUUUGGAGUGUGGGAUGAAUCCGGAGCCCAUGGGGAAAACCCACGCGGUCAUGGGGCGAACGUACAAACUCCGUACAGGCAGCACCCGUAGUCAGGAUCAAACCCGGUUCCCUGGUGCUGUAAGGCCGCAACUCUACAGCUGCGCCACCGUGCCAUUCAAUUCAGAAUAUAUUAACACUCACCUCACUGUUAAUAAAUUCCACCGCGGCCCUUGUCACCACAUCAGCCACCCACUGACCAGAUUCAUGCAUGUUAAUUCAUUCUACAAUCACUGCAGAUCACGUUGGCAAAUCCCUUUCCUCUUGCCCUUGUACCCAGAGGUGCCCUUGGUUGGACAACCAUAGCAUUGCCUCCCUCACCUGCCCCUCCUGUUUAUGACAUCAUGAAGACAGCCGCAAAGUCAGCUGAAGGUACAGCAGGUCACAAACCUGGUGGAGGUGGAAGCAGUGGCUGCUGGUGGUGAGACUGAGCCAUGAACAGUUUGGUAUUGGGCGUUUUUGUGAUUUAAACCACUGCAGUGUGAAGACUGCCAUUAAUCAUUGCCAUGUCAAGCACUGAUGUUAGUAUUGGGCUGGUAACCAGUUGUGGAGACUACUUGACUGCUGAGCCAUCCAAAAAUCAUGUAUCACUGGUGACAACAUCAUUGGGUCCAAAACAGAUCUGGGAUGUGAAAUUCAAGUCAACAGAAGGUCUUCAGGUCCUGGUCGAACUGCAUGCAUUUAAUGGAAUGACCCUGCAGCCCGACAUAAAUGGCUCCAUGAAAUGUGGUCCUUCUAAUGAGCUGAGUUUGUUUCUCUUGGAAUACCAGUCAAAUGGAUCUUGGGUCUUCAAAUCCCUAAGGCUUGGAACUUAUCUUGUGAGUAAUGUAGAUAAAGUCUUCUGUUCACAGAAGGAUGCAACCAACCCUCAGCAAUGGAUCCCACAUCUAAGCAUGCAUCCGCAAAUUGCACUGUACCACCUCCAAUCCAAGUCCUAUGUGCGGAUGCACUAUACCCAAGGCCAGGCCAUUGCUGAGGCCUCCGCUCCCUUCUCCGAAGAAUGCAUCUUCUUAUUUCAUUUUGACCACGGGAAGUACCAUCUCCAAACAAGUGACUUAAGUUACCUGACCACCGAAGGUCAGCUGCUUAGCAAACCCUCAAAGCAGACAGCUUUUGUUCUGCAUCUGAAGGCCGGUUACAUGAUGACCUUGUCUGCUGGAGAGAAAGGCAUCCUGUUCCCUCACUCAAGGUCGGGUCUUCUCUCAGCGGGAAUGUGUCCAUCAGGCAUGGAGGCUGUUUUCAUCAUCAAGAGACCCAAGCCUUGGAUCACACUGAAGACCUGUUCAAACAAAUAUGUGACAAUUAAUUAUGGAGUAGAAGUUUAUGCCCGUUCUGAGAAUAUCACAGAGCUCUCGCUUUUCCAAUAUGAAUCCAACCUGAAUAGGGACUGUGUUAGAUUACGAACAAUAACUGGACAGCUUCUGGUGCAGAGGAGACCAGCCAACAUCCUGGCGAAUGGGAAUGACAGCGAGAAGACAACUUACUUCACCCUGGAGUGGAACAAAGGCAAAGUAAGGUUACAAGCUGCAAACAAACUCUACCUGACAAUGAAACCCAUUGGACAGAUGAUAGCCACUGCUGAACAGCCAGGACCAAAUGAAGAGUUCAUUCUGAGGCUGAUGAACCGCCCUUUUCUCAUCCUCCGUGGUAAAUGUGGGUACAUCGCCACCGAUUUCCAUUCAGCCCAGCUACGAUGCAGCCAGAGCAAGUAUGAAAUCAUCCUACUGACUCUUUGCAAAGGAGGAUUCUGUCAUUUCCAAGGCAAGUGACCGGUUCACCCCACAUUGUCAAAAAACCCUUGAUACCCUUGCAACAAACUCCAUCCCCUCUCCAC